AUGGCCAUGCAAGCAGCCUUGGCUGAGUUUCAGGUGGAAAGCAAGUGCCCUGUCUGUCUGGGCAAACUGAGCGACCCGGUCACCAUUGACUGUGGACACAACUUCUGUCGCCUUUGCAUCCGGCAGUGUUGGGCACAGAUGGAGUUGCUGUCCUGUCCAGUGUGUCGUCACCGGUGCAUGGAAGGGCAUUUCUGGAGCAACCACCAAAUGGAAAGGAUGAUUGAAAUGACCCAGCAGCUCCUGACAGGCCCAAGCGAGGAAAGGAGGCUGAAGGAGAAACCCUUGUGUGAGCAGCACUGGCAGGUCCUGGUCCAUUUCUGCGAGGAUGACCUGCAGCUGCUGUGUCAGCGCUGCACCCAGCACCCUGAGCAUCAGGGCCACUGUGUGAGGCCCAUCAAGGAGGCCGCUGCUGACCACAGGCUAAAGCUCAAGACUCGCAUUACCUCUCUGAAUGACCACGUGCGGCAUGCUCAGCAGGCACUAGCCGCCCAGUACAAGAAAUGCGUGUGCCUGGGACAGGAACUGGAAGACCAGAGACAGCAACUAUCCACCGAAUCUACUUACUUGAAGAUGCUUGUGGAACAGAAGCACAAUGCAUUCCUGGCCAAGGUACAGAAACAACAGGAGCACAUUCAGCAGCAGCUGGAGGCAAACGAGAUGGCCUUGAACAACCACGCUUACCAUGUGGAAGUUCUAUGCAGAGAGAUAGCAGAGAAAAGCAAGAUGACAGAAACGAAGCUACUGACAAACAUCAAGAGCACCUUGAGCAAGUGUGAAAGCCUGGCGCCCCCAGACCUGCACACACUCAGCUUUAGGAAAGACGCCUGUGCCAUUGCUCUGCAGCUUUCAGCCCUGCAGAGAAUUAGGAAGAAUUUUCGAGUGGAAGUGACCCUGGAUCCCCAAACAGCACACCCGAAUCUGUGGGUGUCCAAGGAUAAGAAGAGUGUGGCGUUUAUGCAGACAGAGCCAACCGAGCCUCUGUAUCCAAUGCAUGUCAUGGAUUAUCCCAGCAUCCUGGGGGCUGCAAGAUUCACUUCCGGCCGCCAUUUCUGGGAGGUACAGGUGGAGGACAAGGAUGCGUGGACAGUGUGUUCCCGUGAGUGGCACGCUGAGCCUGGUGGCGACCCGCCUGGCGGCCUGCGGAGCAAGUGUGAGGCUGGAGGAGCUGUGAUUGACCGCCGCUAG